GCUUGACAGGAAAAGCAGUGAUUGGUACUAAAAGGUGAGCCAAUGCAUCUCGCUUCAGGGAGUGUGAGUUCUUUUAAAGAAAAUUAAUGGAAAACAUUUAGAAUGUUUUAUUUAAUGUUUUUGGGGAGAAAUAUAUACAGCCAACAAUUCUCUAAACCAACACCAUUCUAGUUUUUCCAACAAGAACUGAAACUCCCAGAAGUACCUCAGGUGUGUGAGCUGCCAUCCUUUUCCUGCAGCAAACUCCACCUUCUUUUUAAAGAAAUGUUAUGAAAACGUACCAUUAGAAAAUCAAAUCUGCGUUUAAAAUUAUGUGUGCAUCUUUCAUACAGGAAGGAGACCUGCAAGGUCAUGUUUGACUGUUUGCUCUUAAUAACUAUCCUGUAUUUUGGGGUUUUCUUUCUUAAGACAAAAACAACACGCAUAUCACACCAUUUUGUCCAAAGGUGAAUGUCGUUAUGAACCUGAGCAUAUGCCUUUCUAUUCUGUCUCAUUAAUGACUGACAAGAAUAGGAUCUGCACCCCCUUGAUAAGUAAGCCAGACUCUGUUUAACAUUGCCCUUAUUUUGGCUACAAAGGAUAUCAAUGGCCUUGGCUGGUGUUGAUUAGAUUGUAUUUUUAAUGCACAGGUGUUGAGGCUCCCAGUACUGGCACAUGGCACACAGCGUUCGGACUGAUUGCUGAGUGUUUAGGCCAAUGUUUCAAUAUGGCUCAUUCACACCAGAACGGACCACACUGUGUAACUGUAAUAACCUCUCUCUGGUAGACUUGGUUGAGUAAAGACGCCUAAAAAGACAGAAAGUUGUAGAUCCUAUAUGAAAGGGACGCGAGUUUGAAAUAUGAUAUAAAUUUUAGGGGUUCCAACCCCUAAAACCACGCCUCUAGCUACGCCACUGCUUAUCAGUCUUUAUAUAAGCUGAUAAGCUCUUGCAUUCACCACAGUGAUCUUCUGUGAAGACUUGAGUUCACAGCCAGGUAAUACCUUCUUUGUAUAUUUGUGUUUAGCAAAGCAAUACAAACAAGCCUCUUAUAUUAAAGACCUUUAAAGUCAGUAUGCAUAGUUUUAUAUAUUUCACUUCAAUAGUGUAGAAAAAACAUUUGACCAAUAUGGUUUAACAGUACAUACAUUUUUUUAUGUUAGUUAUAGCUGGGGUUAUCUUUAGUACAGCAGUACAAAAUAAUAGGUAUGUGAUAAAGGCAAUGUACAUCAUAAAACUGGCAAAAACAUGAAUUAUGUUUUGUAAACUGCCUUAUAGUAGAUUACAUUUUAAUUGCAAUAUACAUAUUUCUACUUUAUUUCAAUUUUAAAACAAUUUUAAACCAAAAAAUAAAUAUAUGUAAAGCUACUUAUGAAUACAUUUAAAAAUACAGUUAAACACUGACAAUUUAGCAGUAAUGGCAUGUCCUGCAAAGUAAUUAUUAGUAUUUUUAACAAUAAGCAAUCAAAUUACUUAGCUUUAGCAAUUUUUACUUAGUAAUUCAGAAGAUUUAAGCAAUUUGAGCUUUAAGUAUUUCUUAGUAAUGUUAGUAAAUUCCUUUACUUGACAUCACAACUUAUACAUUACCAGUUAAAUGAAAUUAAAAGCUCAGGUAAUCCCAGUAAUUUAAUAUAUGUCAUCGUAAUUAUAAGUAGCAUUCACGUCUGUUAUUUAGUACAAGUAAAAACACAAUUGCUAGUAUUGUUUAUGUGUGUUGAUUUUUUAUACUGGACUGUAAAAUAAGACAUUUUGGACGUUUAUCUGUUUUCCUGUGUCUCAGUUUCAGUGCACCUUUUACUGAGUAACACGGACCCUGAAGACUUGGCUAUGGAGUCCAGUGGGGCAUUGUGGAGUACUAAGAAACUCACUUUCAGGAUAUUCAUGUGCAUUGCGUUCUUAUCGACUGGCACUCAGGGGGCUACUCAGGGGCCUGACUUUGACGACUCUCCUGCCCCUGAAUUCCUGUACCCUGAUUGGAUGGCUCAGCUCCCUGACUCCACCUCUCUUUCAGAAGUCUCCCUCGCUGGGACUCACAACACGAUGGCCUUCUAUGGGGGUAGACUUGUGCAGUGCCAAGCCUGGCCGCUACACCUACAACUGGAAGCUGGCGUGCGAUUCCUCGACAUCCGCGUCCGCUACACAGGUGAUACUCUGGCGCUACAUCACGGGCCUAUCUAUCAGAAGGCCAAUUUCGACUUAGUUGUUCGAGAAACGAUACAGUUCUUAAAAGAUCACCCAACGGAGACCAUUCUUAUGAGAGUGAAAGAGGAAUUCAGUACCACAUACAACAUAUAUGACGCUGUAGUACGCUAUUUAAAAGAGCAUGGAGACUGGGGAGCGUGUUGGAACAGUAGGGACAUUCCUACAAUGGGACAGGCCCGAGGGAAACUGAUUGUUCUGCAGGAUUUUUCCGGGAAUGCCAUUGGGAUGAAAUAUAGCUCACUGGACAUAGGAGACGACUGGAAAGUGCCUACCUUGCUUCACAUCAACCAAAAGUGGGACAGCGUUAAAAAUCACUUGGACACUGCCAAGGUCGGAAACAACAGCACUCUUUUUCUGACAUACAGCAGCGGCGCAGGCGUUCUGGCGUAUCCCGACGACGUUGCCAAGCGUAUCAACGCCAGGCUUUACGAGUACCUGAACAAUCAGAGGGGUCAGAAGACGCGUUUUGGAAUGAUAGGCAUAGAUUUUCCUUCUGCUUGGUUAAUAAAAAUCAUUAUUGAAUUCAACUGAAUCUUUGAGAUGAAAAAAUAUGUGCCAUUUUAGCAGAGAAGCUAUUAAUCUGGUUCUAACAAAGCUCCAAAUGCAAUCUGGUGAAUAUAAUUACACUUAUAGAAUGGUACAUUGAUUUAUUUAAUAUAACUUGGGACAGUGUUUACAGCACAGAAAUUCAGAUCUAAAAAAUGGAUUCGGUACCCAAGUGGCUCACCUAAUAAAGGCACGGCUGCGGGGUGUGCAGGGCGAGUCAUAGUCUGGGGUGCUGGGGUUUUAAUGAUAAGUAUUUGGUAAGGUCUCUUGUACCACAGUAUACACUAUAACUUGAGAGUUUAAAGUUAUUAGCAAAAUGAGCAAAAUUGACUCAAUUAAAAUUAACUUAUAGCAUGAAAUAUAAAUUCCUGCGUUAAGCAGAGACAUUUUACAUUUUGAUUCAAUUAAACAUCAUUUAUUUUCAAAUAUAAAUACUUUUUUUUCUUCCUGUUAAAUUUCUGUAUUGUUUCCAAAGAUGUUGUUUAACGGUCUUAAACAAAAAAUAAAACCUUUA